UUGAACCAUUUCUCGUGGGCUCAGAAAAUGUGGGGAUGAAUCAUUUGUCUGCUGCAUGAGGACAAUCUAGCAGAGGACUCUUCACCUUCUCGCUUCACCCCUAACCACCUCUGAUGACUGUGCAGACUGACAAGAGGACUCUAGCCCUUUCCAUUGUACCUGGCAGGGAAGUACAAGGGAAGGUUACAUCCUUUCACCCCAAGCACCAUUGGUCUUUGUCUUCAUUUCUGGAGCAUCUGCAGGCCCAGCCUACUCUGAGGAUGCUGGUGUUAGUCAACAAGAAUGAGCUUCAAGUGCUGAAGAAAGAGCUGAGGAGCUGCUUCCCUGAAUCUCUAAAGGUCCAUGGGGCUGUGCUGAACGUGUGUCGGGGAAACGCUUUCCAUCAGGAGAUACUGGUAGAUUCCUGGCCCAGCUUCCGAGUGGUCAUUGCACGGCUCCAGAGAGAGAAAGUGCCUUCAGAAAUGAACUAUUUUACCCAAUCUUGUGCAGUUUUCUAUAAGGACCUGGAUGCCUAUGAGAAAUUGGUGGAAGAUUCUGAUGCCAUUGAUUGGAAACAAGAAUUCUUACUUCAGGGUCUGCAGGAUGGUGUGUAUCAGACAUCUCAAAACCUAGCAGCUGCCAAGCAUUUCUCCGCAAAGCUGGUGACUCGGACCCAGGUUUUUGUUGUGCAGAAACCCUUGAAUUUGUCUUCUUCCACACCCACGUCAGGAUCAGAGCUGAAACUCUCAUCACUCAACACCACUCAUGCUCCCCUGCUGAAUGAGACCUGGAGUGUAGGCGGCAAUGAGCUGAGUCUCUGCUAUCUGACUCAGCUAAUUGACUGCUUCCCUAGUAGUUGCCUUCUGGAUGCUGGAGGAUGUCCUAUCUCUUGGGUCCUGCUGGAUCAAUUUGGGUGCCUGACCCAUGCUUACACCAUGCCAGCGCACCGUGGCAAAGGCUACAUUCAGCUGGUGAUAGCAGCACUAGGCAGGAAGCUACAGAGCCUCAAUUACCCAGUCUAUGGUGAUGUCCUGGAAAACAACACAUCAAUGCAGAGAGCCCUACAAUGCCUUGAAGCCAACUUUACUAGUUGCUUUCUAUCCUAUGACCUGCAUACACCCAUUUCUCUGCUGUGACAGGCUCUUCAAAAGCUCUGUCAGUAGAAAAUAAACCAGUGGUAGUAGAAACA